GAGGCACUAAGCAUUCAACAGAUAUAUCUAAGCAAUGUGCUAUAUAAUAAAACAGCUUACUCCAGUAGCACAUUUAAAUGACGUGUAUAAAUAUACAUAUAUGUGCAUAGGUUGCUGACACUUUUAUUUUUCCUACAACGGAUGUUUUUCUGUGGUGCAUGGUUAUUCAGAGAGGCAAAGAGAUGGAUUUCCGACCAGUUACCCACACAAAUGAGCAAGGCUGUACCAAUGAGCAGAAAGAAAAGCGGAAGUCUGGUUUCCAGGGAAAAUGUGAGGAGGGACAAAAUAAUUGUACCAUUGACAGCUGUGUAACAAAUUUCUCCAACAUCUAUGAGUCAGACCUACUCCCUGCCCAGAAUGGAGAGGAAUGUACAGACCAUUUCCUUCAUGAAGUGGUGGAUAUUCUCUUGAGUUAUAUCAAGAAGACCUAUGACAGAAAGAGCAAAGUGCUGGAUUUCCACCAUCCCCAUCAACUUCUGGAAGGGCUGGAAGGCUUCAGUGUGGAACUUUCUGAACAACCGGAACCUUUGGAGCAGAUAUUGGUUGACUGUAGGGAUACUUUGAAAUACGGAGCUAAAACAGGACAUCCUCGUUAUUUCAACCAACUCUCCAGUGGCCUUGACAUCGUAGGACUUGCUGGGGAAUGGCUGACAGCUGCAGCAAAUACAAACAUGUUUACCUACGAAAUAGCUCCUGUAUUUAUUGUAAUGGAAGAAAUCCUGCUUCAGAAAAUGUGUGAAAUUAUUGGAUGGAGAAAAAUUGAAGCAGAUGGCAUAUUUUCUCCUGGAGGCAGCAUAUCAAAUCUUUACAGUAUUUUAGUAGCCCGUUAUAAACAUUACCCUGAGAUUAAAACCAAAGGCAUGAAAGCCCUUCCCAACAUUGUAUUGUUUGUCUCUGAACAUAGCCAUUACUCUGUAAAGAAAGCUGCUGCAGUUCUUGGGAUUGGGGUGGAUAACGUGAUUACUGUCAAGUGCGAUGAAAGGGGAAGGAUGAUUCCAACUGACCUGGCAAGAAACAUCCUCAAAGUCAAAAGACAGGGCAAAGUCCCACUCUAUGUCUGUGCCACAUCUGGGACCACAGUGUACGGAGCCUUUGAUCCUCUUGCCAGCAUUGCCGACAUUUGUGAGAAGUACAAUCUCUGGAUGCAUGUAGAUGCAGCCUGGGGUGGAGGUUUGCUACUGUCAAGGAAGCAUUCCCAUAAACUGAGUGGCAUUGAGCGGGCCAAUUCUGUCACCUGGAAUCCUCACAAAUUAAUGGGAGUCCCACUGCAGUGCUCGGCCUUUUUAGUCCGUGAGAAGGGUCUUCUCCAAGCCUGUAAUCAGCUUUGUGCUGGAUACCUCUUCCAGCCAGACAAACAGUAUGACACAUCUUAUGACACUGGGGACAAGACAAUCCAGUGUGGCCGACAUGUUGAUGUCUUCAAACUGUGGCUGAUGUGGAGAGCCAAGGGAACUAGAGGAUUUGAAAUGCAUAUCAACAAAUUUCUAGAACUUGCAGAAUACCUUUAUAAGGAACUGAAAAUAAGAAAAAACUACAAGCUUGUAUUUGAUGCUGAGCCUGAACUCACCAAUGUAUGUUUCUGGUACAUCCCACCAAGUCUUCAGCAGAUCCCCAAAGGACCAGAGAGACAGAAAAGACUUCAUCAGGUUGCUCCAAAGAUAAAAGCAAGGAUGGUAGAAGAAGGAACCAUGAUGGUUAGCUAUCAACCUCAUGGGGACAAAGUGAAUUUUUUCAGAAUGGUCUUCUCUAAUCUGGCAACCAAGAAAUCUGAUGUCGAUUUCCUCUUGGAUGAAAUUGAACGGCUUGGGAAGGAUUUGUGACAGCUGCCAGGAAAUCUCCAAAAAGAGAGGGGACCAACUCUCUCCGCUCCCAAAUUAUUGUUCUAUGGAAUGCUUCACUGAUCUUUCAGCUCCUCUUUUCUCCCAACAAUUUGGGUGGGAGCAGGGAGGCAAAAUGAAGAGACUUGCAAAAGAGGUUGGGAAGAUGGACAAUCUGGAUGAAAUGUCAUGUGUUAAUGACAGCAAUCGUGUAUAAAGUAUGGAACAACACAUACGCACACACAUUUAAGUGUCCUUUGUCUGCUCAUAGCAGGGCAGGCGUUGUCUCAACCAGGCUUCCCUGCUGGCAGGUGUAUCUGCAAUUAGCCACAUGCCACUGCAAAUUGGAAAAUAAAAAAAGAUAAAGAAAACAAAGAGGGAAAAAUCACACAAAUAACCCCUUUCAUGGGUGGCAAAGAAAUUCAUGAAGGUACAGGUGGGGUUUGGCACAGCAUGGAUUCUGUGAAACUGGGGAGCAUCAGGGCACUUAGGAAAGGGAGAAAUAUUAUUCAAACAGAUAUUUUUGCCAAAGAUGCAUGCCCAUCUUUCUAUGUAACUACACACAAAUACUGAACCUACUAAUAUAUCACAUUAUUUGAGGCGGGGAAUGUGUGUCCCUCUGUGAGCCAGCUCACACCCUCGCAGUGCUGUCAGACAACAGCUUCCAUGACCUUCUGCUCUGCUGGCUAAGGCUGAUAGGAACUGUAGCCCAACAACAUCUGGGGACGAUGUGUUCCCCCUCUUCUAUUCUUGCUUUGCUAUGCAACUUUUGCACAGAUGGAAAUCGGCCUCCAUCAAGGAGGGGGAAAAGAAACAACAACAAAAAAGUCAGUUCUGCAAAUUGAGGGACAAUAUAGUGGCAGAAUAAAUUGGAAUGUCCAUAAACUGUCUUCUGAUGAUAGAAGGCAUAUGCGCAUUCACAUUCCACUUGAGUAAAGUGUUUUGCAUCAAAAUGUCCAUUUCAUUUUGUUUACUUUAUCUGGGUUCUGUCUGAUCCAUUUCUACUUGCACAUAAAUAAGCCUCAGUUGUGGAUGGGAUUGUGCACUGAGUUAAGACUUUAUUCAGAAGCCUUUCAAUUUUUUUCCUGUACCCAUGCAGUGUCCACAAAAUAAGAAUUUGGUGAAAAGUAAUCGUAUUUUCCAGCAGAAGUACACAAUCUGGUUCACCAGAAUUUCAAAUCUCCCUUUUUUCUGAACAUGAAGAAUGCUUUAAGGUUGCAAUCCUAUGUCCAGUUUCAAAGAAA